AUGCUUAUUCCCAAGAACAACCGCAAACUUAUCUACGAAAAUCUUUUCAGGGAGGGUGUCUUGGUUGCCAAAAAGGACUUUAACGCGCCAAAACAUCAGGACAUUGAUGUCCCAAACUUACAUGUGAUUAAAGCGUGUCAAAGUUUACAGUCAAAAGCUUACGUGCACACACAAUUCUCAUGGCAGUACUAUUACUAUUCGUUGACCAAUGAAGGCAUAGAGUACCUUCGUGAAUACUUGCACUUGCCGUCGGAAAUUGUCCCGGCUACCCAUAAAAAACAGCCUCGCCCUACUGCUACUGGAGGAGGAAGAAUGCCUCGCGAGGAAGGAAGUCGACCUCAAGGUCGUGAUCGUGGUGAAUAUCGUCGCAACUUUGAAGGCGCCACUAAUGAAGGUGGCAAAGAAGGUGCCACUGAUUUUAAACCAACAUUCAAGCCGGCUGGAAUAGGUCGGGGUAAAGGCUAA